AUGGAAUCUUUGACAACAACCAUUCGUUUCGUCACGCUGAACUGCCAAACACUAUCGAGCAAACUCCAACAAGCCGCUCUAUCCAGACUUCUGCGAUAUCUCUGUGUGCCUUUUGCUGCACUGCAGGAGAGAUGCAUGAGAGAUUGGCCUGUUAUCAGCAUCGAAAAUUACACCUGCGUUACUUACUGCUGCGAUGCUGAUGAGAACAAAGUAGGUGGCUGCAUGAUAGCUUUGAGGAACGAUUACAAGAACCUGGUGGAGGAAUUCGGCUCAACGUCGCCUAGAUGUGACUUUCUACGACCGCGGGAUCGCAGAGGACGUAAACUCUGGAUCAUAAGUGAUCACGCACCUACGGAAACCGCUGAAGACAACACGGAGCGCACGUCAAACAACGAUGACCGGCUGGUCGACUUGUGCGAACAGACGGGCCUCAUUAUCGAUUCCACGUUUAAAAGAAAUGUUCGACGCCAUCAGCUCAUGUGGCAGGGCUUCACUACGUUCUGGCGAGAAACAUUCCUCAGUCAGAUAUCCGAAAAUCUACAGCUGUUUGGAAUGUCGCGCUUGACUCCGACAUCCGCCCAGUUCUUCUCAGCUUCAGCUCACGGCUCCACAAGAGAAACCGAGGAGUUCCUCUUCAACCGAAAAUCUACAAGGCAGAGGGAUCAUUUCAAGUCCUCGCUGAACCGGCAAGCGCCGUUAGCUCCUGAACUCGAGCACAUUCAUAGGCCGACAUAUGCGGUUAACGAGGAGCCACCGACCGAGUCGGAGGUCCUGGUCUGUAUUCAAAAGAUGAAGAAUGGAAAAUCUGGCGGAGACGACGGGAUUAGCGCAGAAAUGCUAAAAUAUGUUCCUCCGUCUGGGAUUCGUGAGAUGACAAAGAUCAUCCGUUCAACAUGGAUAGACGAAAGGAUACCUGAUUCGUGGAGACACGCUAUCAUAAUUUCGUUCCACAAGAAGUUAUCCGUCACGGACCCUAGGAAUUAUCGAGGAAUCUCUUUGCUGCGUGUUAUGUAUAAGGUAUUGGAGCGCAUUAUCCUGGGCCGACUCAUUAAACAUCGCGAAGAAACAACGCGCGACGAGGAAGCUAGCUUUCGUCCUGGCCGAUCUACGACUGACCAGGUGUUCAUUGUCAGGAGAGUGAUCGAAAUCUUGCAGCGGUAUUCGAAGCCAAUGCAACUAGCGUUUCACGACUUUCGCCUGCCUUCGACUCUCCUCAUCGAGGCCGUCUUCUCAACGCGCUCCGCGCCGAUGGAGUACCAGGAAAUGGUAACUGGAGUAAGACAAGGGGCAGUGGCAGGACCCUUCCUGUUCUAUUUCGCCAUCGACGACAUUCCGCGAAGAACAGUCGGCCAGUGUCCUGCCAACAUUGUCUUAGCACCAUCAGGGUGCCGCUUGACUGAUUUCGAGUACGCCGACGAUAUUGUUAUAUUCGCGGAAAGCAGUACGAAACUUCAACACGUUGUCAACCUUGUACCGAAGCUGGUUGCAGCCUAUGGACUACAUCUACGCCCUGAUAAAUGCAAGCAGAUGUGGAUCUCUUCGAUACCUCAAACGGGAAUCAGGGUGGACGGACAACCGAUAGAACUCGUCGAUGGGCUCUGUUACCUGGGCUGUACGCUAAAGAAUAACGGCAGCUACGAGAUAGAUGUUCAGCAAAGAUGCGCUAAGACCACUUCUGCAUUUAACUCCUUAACGAAAUCCCUGUGGUUGACCCCCAUCACCAACGAAGUCAAGCUGCGAGUCUACCUAUCCGCAACUUGCCCCAGCAUGCUGUACGGAUCGGAGACUUGGACCGUCAACGGUUAUGGAGAGGCUUGGUUGCACGGAACGAAAGCUGCUUAG